GGUCUUGGUUAUGUCGGGCUACCAGUUCAAGACGAAGACCUGGCCAGCCUCGACCAAACCGUCGUGGCACUCCAGGCCCUGCAGAAGCGGGUUGCACACAACCAUGCGCACUACCGCCGUAUUGGGGAACUCCUAGAGUUUGUACGACACUUCCAGCGAGAUCUCCUCUCCCAAACCCCCGAGCAGGCCUUUGAGCGCAUGCAGCCGCUGCGGCGGUGGCUGUUCUGGCUUCCUCCUGCCAUGCUGCGGCCUGAAGAUGCCGACAUCGGCUCGCUAGCCAUUCUGGCCCAGUUUUUCGGGGUUGGCGUGGUCCUCGACAGCCUCUUCCCCAACUUGGGCGGUGCCUAUUUGGGUCCUCUCUCCAUCAGUCCGAUUGAAGAGAUCUACCGGAUGGUAGUUGCUCGGAGCACAGCCGAUCCUUUCCACCCCGAUGCGCACCUCGCACUAUCCGCCAUGGAUCUUCCCCGGCAUAUUGUCGCCAAGUACAAAAGCCGGCUUCAGUGGUCUCCGCGCACCUCCCUAGACCACUAUUCUCCUGCACCUCCUAGUCCGUAUCACAGCGUCCACGAUUACCGCCUCGCCUCGUCCUCUCCGUCUUCCGCCUCCGCCACCUACGCUCCUUACACUCCGCCUCUGCAGUCCCCUCCCGAAGUGACCAUUGCCAGCCCCCCGUUUGACGUCAACGGAGCCUAUGUGACGGCCCCGGCGUCGCAGGCCUUGUAUCCGAGCUCCCCACGGCUGCUCUCGGACCCUCGUGACGAUCUCUCGGAUUACAGCCACGCGGGAUCUCUGCAGCACUCCCCUGCGUUUCCGCCCCCAUAUCUUGGCGACGUGAUGUGCGGGGGACUGCCACGGGUGAACAAUGGCGGGCUGGGGCUAAAUAUGCAGCUGUACGAAGAAACUCCGGUGAUGGUUGGGGGGUAUAACACGGCACCCGAGAGGGGAUGGCACUAG